GUGUAUAUCCUUUUACUGCGUAAGAAAGCAUCCUGAAAGCAAAAAUGCAGAGUCUGGGAGGCUCUGGUCUUGGCUUAGAGGACUUAGCCAUAUAUGCCUCCUUAGUGGGUUCUCAGAUUUCUAUGGCAAUUAGCUCUGUUCUCGUGGGAAAGCAAUUGGCAAAGGGUUCAAAUCCCUUGACUUUUGUGGCUUAUACCAAUGCUUUUGGGGGCUUGGUACUCACCCCUUUUGCCUUCUUCCUUGAAAAAAACAAGCGGUCCAAACUCAAUUUCUCUAUGUUGGCUCGGCUGCUUCUACUCUCUCUUGGCGGAGUGUGUGCAUUUCAAACAUUGACAUUAAUGGGCUUGAAGGAAACUUCGCCUUCCUUCUCUUCGGCUAUGGGCAACUUGGUGCCUGCAAUUAUUUUCGUCAUGGCAUGGGCUUUUGGAAUGGAGAAAGUAGACAUUAAGUGUGCUCACAGCCGAUUCAAGAUUGUGGGUACAGUGCUUUGUGUGUGUGGGGCAAUGGCCAUGAGUUUAUUGCAGGGUCCUUCUUUAAGCCAGCUCUGGCCUUCAUCAGACCCUAAUUCAGAAAACAUCAUCCCUAACUUCCUACACGAGAGCAAUUCUGACAAAAUUAUCACAGGAUGCAUUUACCUCAUAACAGCUGUGACAAUCUUGUCAUCUUCCAUAAUAGUACAGGCUGAGACAUUGAAAAGGUAUCCAGCCCCAUUAUCUCUGUCAGCACUCACAGCACUUCUGGGAUCCAUUGAAACUGCUACCUUGAUAACGAGUUUAGACAUGGGUGUUGAUGCAACAUCAUGGUCUCUGGAUCGGAGUGGAGUUGUGACUGUUAUGUUGGGGGGAAUCUUUGUGAAUGUAAUCCUUAUCACAGUGCACUUAUGGUGUAUUCAGAAAAGGGGACCUGUAUUUGUGUCAACAUUCAACCCUGUUUCCACUGUUUGCUCCACUUUCUUGUCCUCCUUCGUUUUAGGGGAAACCCUGCAUCUGGGAAGUGUAAUGGGUGCGCUGUUGAUAUUGGGGGGUCUGUACCUGGUUCUGUGGGGCAAGAGCAGAGACAUUAUUAUUAUUAUUUCUGAAAAAGAUGAAGAAGACCAAUUAAUCACUUCUCAGGAAACAUCAAUAGAUAUAAAAAGGCCUCUAUUACAUUGAUGCUCACAAUCUAUUUAAAUUACAAGUAAUAGUGCAAGAAAAACUAUGCACUAAUUGUAUGUAAAUUAGCUAUUUAGUAAAAAAGUUCAGAUUGAUUGUUGUUAUAAAUAUAAUUGAAUAUAAAAAUUUAAAAUAAAUUAAAUGUGACAUUUAUUUA